GCAGUCCGCCCGAGCGCCUGUGCUGGCAUCGGCAAAGCGAAUCCGCAUAACGUGUCCCACGGUGAGCCGAAAUGCACGGUGAUACGAAACAAGUGGCAAAUGCACUAGCUGUUGCUUACUAAGGGUACUUUUUACUUAGGCUGUUUCGCGUCACCGUGUGCUUCGACCCGCCGCGGCCUACGUUAACGCGCUUGGAACCUGACUGCCAGAUACCUUCCAAUUUUUACUCCUUUUCACCUCUCCCGUCAAGAACGGCCCUCGAGCUGGCCUUUCUUUCUUUCCUUUUCUUCACCAAACCGGUAGAUAGACGGCUCGCAACCCCUUUCGCAAUUCCACUUCGAUAGAACGAUCCGGCCAAUAGCCGCAUUCAUCGUGAUGAACGGUAAAAUACACCUUUACCUCAUCACCUUCAACUGUGCCCUGGUUCACCAUGAUGCCGCAACUCUUUCUUCUCAUCUCCUCUCUGGACUCGAAUCCCCCUCUCCCAAGCCUGACUUGGUAGUUCUCUCACUGCAGGAGAUAGCCCCGCUUCCUACUGCCUUCCUGGGCGGGCCGGCUCUGACAGGAUAUUUCGAAACAUUCUCGACGGCUGUGAGAUCCGCUACGAGGAAGCAGCUGGGCGAGGACUAUGCUCUGGUAGCGAGAAGUAAUGUCGGGUUGACGGGAAUUAUGGUGUUCGCGAGGAGCCCGGCGAGAGUUGGGGAGGUACGGUACGCUGGUGUUGGAGUAGGAUUGUGGGAGAUGGGGAAUAAAGGAGGCGUCGGGGUCAAGAUCUAUUACAGCGCUAUGGGUGGGGACAUCGAUGGGGAUAGUGAUGGGGAGACGGUGGAAAUUAACUUCUUAGCUGUUCAUCUCUCUCCAGGUGAGAAGGAUGUCCAUCUACGAAACGAAAAUUGGGGCUCGAUUGUGCGGGGGCUGGUUUUCGGUAUUGUAGGAAAGGGGGAUGCCGCACCAGGGAUCGGAUCGGCCUCUACCGAGAGUUUAAUAUCCCCCCAACCAGACCCAGCAACUUAUUCAGGAUUGUACUCACCUACGGCUCACCUUUUCGUUCUUGGGGAUCUCAACUAUCGCACCGCAGACUCUAGACCUGUCGGCCCGGAAUUUAUUGUGUUCCCACAACCGGAUGAUCCCCCUUCGUCGAAUAAACACUACUCCAACCUCCUUGAACAUGAUCAGCUCACUCUACAAAGAGAGGCAAAUAAAACAUUACACGGCUUGGAAGAAGCUCCGAUUACCUUCCCGCCCACAUAUAAAUACCAUAUUUCGAAAACAUCAUCAGACGACCACAGCUGGAAUUGGACCCCGUUUCGGUGGCCGAGUUGGACGGAUAGGAUACUUUAUCUUCCAUCAGGGAACCUUCGAGUUCACAGAUACACCUCUAUCCAGGAAAUCAAAUCCUCGGAUCACCGGCCAGUUGUUGCGCACAUAUCUAUUCCAGCCCAGCCUCUGAAUGCUAGUGACGGGUGGAGGGUUCGCCCACCAUACCAACCUGAUUUCAAGGGAUGGAGAUCUGCUCGUGACGCGGCUAGGAGGAGAGAAGUCGUUGUAGGGUACCUGGCCUACUUGUUCGGGACGUGGGCAGGCUGGGGCGUUCUUGCAGCGAUUAUCGCCGGAGGAUUCGGCGGUUGGUGGGUACUAAGAGAGUUGAUUGUUCGUCGAGUCUAGGGAGUGUAAUAUUAGUGAGUUGGAUGGUGCUUGUUGCUCGCUUGAAUUUGGAAGAGUUUUACUAGUGACUGGGGAGAAUCGUGGGGGACUCCGUAUCUGUCGAGACCUGCAACGAUUGAUGUUACGUGGACAGUGUAUCCUAGACGAAAAAUACAUUCUUCCGUCAACUAUG